AGUCUCAAAUCAUCAAAUAUAUAAAGUCCAAGUCGUGUGACUGUGAUUUACGCGUACACACAGGUCAGGUGUUUGGAACACACUACAUAGCUAAUUAGUACAGGCGGUCGCCUUUGUCUUCUGUCACUUUUCCAUAAACGAACGCUGUAACAUGGAGAUAUGGCCAUUGGGAAACACGCGAUGCCUGUUAAUGUUCACAGCAAGCAUCGGGGCUCUUAACACCCCCUUGUCAGAAGAUCGGCCUACUGUCAAAAGGCGCUAAAGCAUUUAGCCUCUAUGAAUGGGGUAGUCUACUUCCAAUUUAGUGCUGAAGACACCCAGGCCUCACAAACAAUCUGUACUUGAUGUAGGCCAUUUUAUUUGACUGGAAUUUUGCUUGGCAUGGCAUCUUUUCUUAGAUAUGACAUCACGCAAUCGACUACUCUGUGCUUCUCCAUCGCCGAGGGAAAGCAGAGCUCAGAGAGUGAUUACUACUGCCUGAAUCAGUCUUGUUUUCAUGGAAUGAACUGUCAGUCAGUGGAAUAUCAUCCCGCUUCUAGUCCAACACUUGCUAAAUGGUGAGUGGCUAGUCCGCCACACCCAGCCUGCGUUGCCAUGGACGCCUGUGCCCGUAUCCGAGGAGUUCCUCUCAGGACCAGAGCCUCCAUCAGGAAAGAGACGGUGCGUGACAGUGGGCCUCAGUGUGUGAAGAGCCUUCUGAGGAGCAGGAAGGAGCUGUGCAGCAUGGGACUGGAGCUACAGACCAGAGACACACCACGCCUGACUGAGAUCAAUUUUGUGUGUUUGCCUGGCCUCUCUGAAGGGGAGGAUCUAACUCUACAGGCCCUGUCCUCUCUCCCAGGGGACCUGGCGGAGCUCCUGAGGUCUCCCCACGUUACCAGCCUGAGGAAUGAAGAGGUUCUGCUGCUGAAGGACAGCAGGAAACCAGCCGACAGGAGGGACUCUACUACACAGCAGUGCUCGAUAAAGGCGGUGUGUGUUGUAAGGCACAGCUCCAGCCCGAGUCAGGCCAUUGUUGGUGUGUUGGUGGGCCUGCUGGGGCGUUAUGCUGCGGGGGUCCGUUAUGCCCUGGAGCUCCAGGCCCUCCACAGGGGCACGGCAGAACCCUGCCAGCCCGAGGACGAUGACACCAACCAGUCUGUGUCUUCUAUCGAAGAUGACUUUGUCACUGCUCUGGAACACCUAGAAGAGGAGGCCACUGGAGAGAAUAACAACGCCGAUGACUCUUAUCUCCAUGGAAACCACCGUGAUGUGGCCUCCCAGACAGUCCCUGCCCACAAGAGAGACAAGGACCUAUCAGGCUCCAGGAUCAUAAUCAGCUCUUCCCACAGGAUGUCCUCAACCAAUCGUAGGCCUCCUCCAGAGGUGUCCAUUACCGUACAGUGCUCCAGAAGGGCAGAUUCCCAGUGGACCCUCUGCAGCCCUAGAGCCCGGCUCCCCUCCCCCACACGUCCUGUCAGCGAAUCAGAGGAGUCGGACGGGUCCAGCCCUAGUCCAAUCAUCUUCCUAGAUGAGGUUGGCUACCAGAAAAGUCUCAAAGCGACACUGGACAUCCCUCAGAUCCCCGGGGGGCCGACGGACAGGGUGGAGGACUCUGACUCUGAGGUCAGCGAGUUCUUCGACAGCUUUGACCAGUUUGACGAGCUGAGCUCAGAGAGCUGUACACUCACCUUGCCUUUAGACCCGACUUCCUCUGUUAUCAUUACCGGCCCAGACCAGAAGAAGAAGUACUCUGGUACUGGCAAGUCAGGGUCCAAGAAUGUGUCCCGAAGCUGUUCCACCAUGAACCCUCACCGGUUUGACCAGCGCACCCUCCCUGCAAAUGUGAAGAAGCCCACCCCACUCAGAAGUCCCCUCCCCCUUGGCUCUCCGUAUGGAUCCCCUGACUCCCCCCGGCCGGCCCGGACCUCCUGUGAGGAAGGUGGAGGUCCUCUGUUUAGCCCCGUUAGCUCCUCAGCCUUCAGCCCACUCGGAGAUGGAGCUCUCGAUUACUUCUGGAAGACAGAGGGAGAUGGCGGAGAUGAAUCAGAGCUAAAGAAACCCCAGGACCUGUGUUCUCUCUACAAGACUUACUCAGACUUUGCCAGCAGUCUGUCCAAGGAGAUCCUGGGCUCCGUGUGUGGAUACCAGUCUCCCGUGGACCUCAACGACAACAAGAACCUGAGCUGUGUCUGUCACAAGGAGUUCCAGAACCAGUCUGGACACGUCAUGAAGCUGUCUGAGAUCCAGGAGACGGUGACUGUCUCCAAGCUGCAGCAGAAGCACCAGUCUCUGAAGGACGGCAUACAGAGGUUCGCUACAGACUUGGUAGAGAUGAGUCUGGGCAGCGCUCUGAGAGACCUGCAGAAGGGAGUGUCCUCUUGCACCACCACCCUCUGCCACCUGGCUGCCAGACUCACCUCGUCUGUCUUCCAGAUGGCCUUCCAGGAGAUCGGCAUGCGCCGCGCCUACGUCCUGAAGGAACGGGCCAUCAACGGGCUGGCUGGGUUCCUGGUGGGAGAGGCAGUGUCGGGCGCUCUGAAGGACUUCCUGACCGUGAAGAAGCAGAUGUUCAACAGCACCGUGACUCAGUUUGCCACCGACCUGGCGGAGGAACUAGUAUAUGAGGGGAUGAUGGAAGUGUGUCAGUUCUCCCACCCCUCCACCCCCCUCACCCCCAGUGACUGGUCCUUCAGCGUGGGGGAGGAGGACGAUGAGGAGGUGGUGUCCUCCUAUGCCUCGGACCUCUCUGAGUCUGUCCUCCAGGAGGCUUUCAUCGAACUAUCCCAGGCUGAUGUGGCCUUCACCACCCAAGCAGCCAUCAGUGUCUCUCUGGACAACAUAUUCAACGUCAGCACUGACGAAACACACACUACCUGCAGUACUGCUGCUGACCACCAGCCUAACCCUGCCAAGGAAGGCCCAGGUCCAUCAGGGGAGGAUGGCUGUACUGUGAAGAAGGCUCUGUUCUGUGUGUCUGGGAUGGCCAGCUGUGUACCUGUCCCCCAGGCAGGCCAGGCCCUCUUCCACGACUCAGAAGAGAUCUGCCAGUGUAAGAUCAGCCUGGCCCACACCUCCCAAACCAGCCCCAAGAGGAGCUGCAGCUCAGAGAGCAGAAUGGUGACCACAGCCGCCUCUGAUGCUGCUGCUGCCACACAGACUGACCUGCUGCCAAAGACCCCCUUUCACAACUUCUCUGGCAACAUGGUGGAUAUGAUAGUGAGUGAAGCGUGUGAGCUGAUGACUGCCACAAAGAUGAAGAAGAAGGUGGAGGACUGUGCUGACUUCCUUUCUAAAGCCAUUGUUGGUCAGGGACCUCCAUCCAGACAGGAGGGUACUGUCACUGACCAGACCUCCCACUCCUCUCUCCACCCUCAUUCUCAGAACCCAGGGAGAGUGACCUGUGAGUCAGGCUCCAGGACCAGCAGAGCUGUCUCAGAGACCCGGCCUGUGAUGAUGAAGGACACUCUAGAGAUUCCAGGGUUGGAGAUGGACAGCCGGGAAGGCAGGAAGAUGGCCUCCGGUGAGGAGAUGGUUCCCGGCACUGGUUGCAAGUCCAGCGGGACCCCUGGUACGCCCCCCUCCACCCCCCAGCAUCCCAACAAGGUGUCCCAGGAGAAGCAGAUCAAGCAGUUCUCCAAGAAGCUGAAGGGCAAACUGGCCAAGGAGUUCUCUCCCGCCACCCCUCCUCCCACCCCACACUACCAGCCAGGGCCUGAGCCCAAAGAGUCUCCCUCUGAGAUGGACAAGGCUGACUUCAUGCUCAAACUGAUGAGGUCUCUGUCUGAGGAGGCAGACGGGAAUGAGGAAGAGGAGGGUGGAGUAGAAGGGCUUAACUCUGGAACCGAGACAGGAAACUGUCCGCAGCCAGAACUCAACCUAUUGGUUGGAGGACACAAGAUGGCCGACAAGGGAGCCCUCCAUUAUGCAGAGCGCCUGGCGUGCCACAUCGUCUCCAUGGCGACAGAGAUGGACACUCUGGGAGGAGUGGAGGAUAGAGGUAGGAGGAAGGUGGAGGAGAGAAGAGAAAGCGUGGCCCAGUUCUCGGAGCAGACCCUGAACACGCUGUGGAUCUACGCUGGCGAGGUCGCGGGAGAGGUGAUCAGUGACGUGAAGAGGAUAAUGGGGUCAGGACAGUGUCGUCAAAUAUCAGUCAAACGAGCCAGCCAGGACUGGUCAGGGGAAUGCCCUCACCACCACAACCAACUCCAGCCCAGUGAACACAGCAGGGGCUGCAGAGUGGGUCAUCUGGCUGAACAGUGGUCUGGUGACCUCCUCUCCUCUGUCCUCCACCCGUCAAUUUCCACAUCUACUGCCAGCUCUGGCCUGUCCUCUGACUACCCCAGCUGUGAAAGUGUGACAGAUGAGUAUGCUGGCUACCUCAUCAGGCUGCUGAAGAAAGAGGGAGGCAGCAGGGAGCUGGUCCUGGAUCAGUAUGCCAGCCGCCUGGCCUAUCGCUCCAUCAAGCUGGGCCUGGCCCAUGCUGCCCGCAACAUGAAGAAGAGACCCUCCUCCUCCAGGCACCACUCCUCCAGGAGGCUCCACCAGGAUGGCUGCAGGGGGCCCAACGCUGAGCUGUCUGUACCCAGGGAUGAAGCAGGGAGAGUGGGAUCUCCUUCCAGCGACUCUGAUGAUGGGAGCCAGAGGGAGUACAUGGAGCUGGUGAACUUCGCAGAGUCGUUGGCGUACAACAUCACCUGUGACGUCACACGCAAACUCUGUGUGUCGUCAGACCGACUACCCAAGUCCCUGACUGACUCGUGUCUGUAUCAGAAAUUCAAGCUGGAGGACAUGGCAGAGAACCUGAUCAGGAAUUCCUUUUCAUGCCCCCUGCUGACCAACGAGGGAAAGAGCAGGCAGUACCACAGCACAGGCUGCCUGGACGACGGAGGCUACAGCAGUGGAGUCAUGCAGGUCAUGGAGCACUAUGCCAGGAAGAUAGUGGACGACACGCUGGAGAUGGGCCUGGCCUCGGCCGGACACCCAGCCCAACAGGGUCCAGACAGACACGCCCACUCUGAGAGACCGUCUGAGGGGGGAGCAGUGGGCUCUGUGCUGGGGGAGACAACCUGCCGAUACUGCCAGGUCAUCGAGUGUCCGUUCUGCUCGUGGCCUAGCAGGCAGUACAUCCUUGGGGCAGGAGCAGGCCAGAGGAGGAGGCCAGACGGGGAGGUGGGGGUGUGUGGCCUUGAGAUCCCUGAGAUCCACAUCGAUCUGGACCGCAGGACAGUGUUCGCAGAGGAGAUCGUCACUACGGCAAUGGAGGGGGCGAAACGAGAGCUGAGCAACACCAGCCUGAAUGCUGACAGCGGGAUCGGACACGACGGGCCAAGCUUUGCCGAGACUCUGACCGCAGAAAUCAUGACGUCCGCGCUGUCCAACGCAUGCCAGACUGCCAACCUCAGCUCUCCAGGCAGGGAGGCCACAGAGUCCACGGUGUCCCAGCAGCUCAGUCUGAGUGUGGGAGAUGACAGUCUGGGCAGCUGGUCCAACCUUAGCUUUGAGGACGAGCACCCCGACGAGACCAGCAGCUUCCUGCACCUCAGCGACAGCAAUGGGAACAGCAGUAGUUGGAGCAGCCUGGGGUUAGAGGGAGAGAUGUAUGAGGAGCACCUGUCCUUCUCUCCUUCCGACAGCGACUGCACUGAGGACAAGGAGCUUGAGACCAAGGAUGAAUCCUGCGGUUCUGUGCGUGUGGACCGGGGCCAGGCUCAGGCUCAUAGGCUCCUCCUGGUGGUCAACUCGGAGCUCAGGGAGAUUACCUCUGACCCACAGCACAUGACCUUUGACCCCCAGCUCAGGAGCAUGCUGCAGUGGGUGGCGGCCUCCAUUGCAGACCUGCCAAUGGUCCAGCUGGGUCAUAGUGGCAGCUGGGACCUGCAGCAGCUGCCUGCGGUGGUCCAGAGGCUGAAGGAGAGGGAGUGGAGGGUGGGAGAGCUGCUCCAAGCCCUGCUGCGCUACUGUGAGGAAACCUUCACCCCACCCCAGUCUGAAUCCAGAGAGGAGACACCCCAGGCGGGGAGAGCACUCCACCACACUCCCCUCUUCCAGUGGCUCCUGGAGCACGCCUAGGCUGACUGCACUUACCCUCACCUCUCGUUCCUCUCUCCUCUCUCCUCCCUCCUCACCUCUCCCUCAUUUCGUCUUCUCUCUCCUCACCCCCACGUGACUUACUGUACAGUAUCUGUGAAGCCUGCCACAUAAUGAGCACUACCUGGCCAUGUUAAACUAAACCCUAUGAAGAUUCCCAUCACUCUUCAGUAAUGUGCAGCGUACCUGCCAAACCCCAAAUCUAGCCACCUCCUCGUACUGUGGAUCCUGUCUCUUAUAGGGCUGUACACCCAUUCAUUACCCAAAGGGUGCUAUAAAAACAGCUUUUCUUAAUAUUAUCUAUUGUGUUGAGUGAGUGAGUGAGUGAGUGAGUGAGUGAGUGAGUGAGUGAGUGAGUGAGUGAUUGAGUGGGUGAGUGAGUGAGUGAUUGGUUGGGUGGGUGAGUGGGUGUGGGCAUAUAUUGCAUGCCGUGACUGAAAGUAAUUGUGUCUUUUCUUCUCUUUGGUUUUGUUGUGGUUCUUUUGUGUUUAAUAUUAGGCUGCAUAUCACAUGCGUUGAUUAAUGUGCCUUUCUGCUAAAGCCCUCUGGCCCUUUGACACCGUCAUCGCACACAGCCACUCUUUCUCACAUCAUCUAGUGUGGGCCGAGGGAAUCUGACCCCCGCAACUUCCCUCUCCUACCCCAACACAGAAACACUCCUGCUGUGAAUUCACUUUAAGGGUGGUGAGGUGAGGCUGGGCAUUUCCACCAGCUGCCCCAGGCCUCUGCCUCCUUGUAGAUGAUACUACAACAUGAUGAAAUGUUUGAGUGAGUGGCCCCAUAUCCUGUUAGGGUUAACAGUAGAGUUAGAGUCAGUCAGUCAACCACAGCAGCGAACAUUCACACAGGCCCAAAAUACGUCUCUGGUGUUAUUGUGACACUGUGAUUGCUUGUAUUAUUAAGGGAAUUUCAGACAAUGUGAAAUGAUGUGGAUAUUGGCCAUCCUGUGGCUUCUCUACACUGUAAUAUACAUGCCUGCCUGCGCGUGUUGAACUGUUGAGUUUGCAUGGCUGUUCUGCUUCUAACAUCCCUGGACAAAUGGAGUGAGAACUUAACACUCACUAUUGUGUUAUGGAACUUCCCAGGACUGCAUUAGCAGGCCUUUGUGCUGUGGUCGAUUACAAUCACUUACAAUGUUAUAAACAACGUAUGCCUGUACGUGCUCCUCAAAUGGUUCCAUGCUAUAGUUCUGCACUGUACUAUAGCUGUACCAUCAGCAGAGCCUAUUUCAGUGUUUACCAUGGCCUGAUCCUCAUGCUCUUCAUCACUUGAAUAUUGUUGUAUUGAGAUGCCUGUCAGUGAAUGAGCCCUAAUGACACUUCAGCUGUGCAAUAGCCCCAGUUAGAACUGCCUGACAGCAUAACUGUAGACUCCACGUUGUCAAACUGCUUGACAGCACAGCUGUAGACUCCACAUUGUCAAACUGCUUGACAGCAUAACUGUAGACUCCACGUUGUCAAACUGCUUGACAGCAUAACUGUAGACUCCACGUUGCCAAACUGCUUGACAGCAUAGCUAUAGACUCCACGUUGUCAAACUGCUUGACAGCACAGCUAUAGACUCCACGUUGCCAAACUGCUUGACAGCAUAGCUAUAGACUCCACGUUGUCAAACUGCUUGACAGCAUAGCUAUAGACUCCACGUUGUCAAACUGCUUGACAGCAUAGCUAUAGACUCCACGUUGUCAAACUGCUUGACAGCAUAGCUAUUCUACUCCACGUUGUCAAACUGCUUGACAGCAUAGCUAUAGACUCCACGUUGUCAAACUGUUUGACAGCAUAGCUAUAGACUCCACGUUGUCAAACUGCUUGACAGCAUAGCUAUAGACUCCACGUUGUCAAACUGCUUGACAGCAUAGCUAUAGACUCCACAUUGUCAAACUGCUUGACAGCAUAGCUAUAGACUCCACAUUGUCAAACUGCUUGACAGCAUAGCUGUAGACUCCACGUUGUCAAACUGCUUGACAGCAUAGCUAUAGGCUCCGCGUUGUCAAACUGCUUGACAGCAUAGCUAUAGACUCCACGUUGUCAAACUGCUUGACAGCAUAGCUGUAGACUCCACGUUGUCAAACAGCUUGACAGCAUAGCUGUAGACUCCACGUUGUCAAACUGCUUGACAGCAUAGCUAUAGACUCCACGUUGUCAAACUGCUUGACAGCAUAGCUAUAGACUCCACGUUGUCAAACUGCUUGACAGCAUACAGUACAGUAGGCCACUGCUGAUGCCUUGUGUAUUAAUGCUGAUUCUCUGUGCUGCCAAAUGUUUCUGAUCCAUGUGAAAUCUGAAAAAUGUUUCACACACAUUGUGUUUAUAACCUUAAUGUAUUGGGACACUGUUAAGAACUUUAAAACCUGUAUUAGAAAACACAUUCUUGAAAUGUCUAGGAGAAAAUGUAUUAAAUGGGGGAAAAUGUAUGUAAUUAAAGAGGAAUGUAUAGCGAUAUAUGGGAGAUGGGGAGAGAGUGUAUAUAGAGCCUAUAAGAGUUUGCCAACUAUGUCACAGUACAAUAACACGGUAUCCAUAUAUUAUUUUCAGAGGAAGAUUGUAAUAUGUCUAUUUGUUGAGUUGUGAUUGUAAACAUAUAGACAGCUGGUCGCUGUUGGGCCCUCCUGUAUCUAUCAAUGUAUUUAGUGUUACUGUACAUUCCAAUGAGCUCCUUCACAGGCCGCCUGGCUGCCUGCCGCUAUAAUGUGUUAUUUAAAGCUGAAUGUGCAUCCGCAGAGAGAACUCCAUAGUAUGAGAUGUACUAUCAGAUAAGUCUAUUUUGUUACUGUCGUUGUUGCAGUUCUACUAGCGUCUUGUCCUGCACCGCGGAAGGCAAACUGUGUUUACUGGAUCCUGUAUUUUUCCUACUUCUUUGUAUAAUUUAGCCAAAUAAGAUAUUUCAUGAUGUUUGAAGUUGUAACAGUGAGUACACUACUAUUUGUCCCCUUCUAGUGACAUCGCUAAAUAUUUCACACAUUCUAAGCUUGAUGGCAAAGCACUGUAUUUGUCAUUGUUUAAGCUGUGUAUCAAUAAAGCUCUUUCAUGUGA